ACAUUUCUUCCAACAAAUAUUUUUUCGAACCCUAAAGACCAGCAUCAGAGAUUUAAAGCAGAAGUGUGGAGCAUUCACAGGAGUCAUCUGUAGUCAUCUAACAAGCAAGAUGUUGGUGGUGUUACAACUCUUAUUUCUGUUUUGUGUUGGCAGCUCAGUUUCAGAAGAUUUAAUGACACCAACUGUGAACAUUUUUGCUGAGCUGGAGAAGCUGAAGAAGAUGGAGGAAAAGAUUCAAACAUUACAAGAAAAAUUAGACAGCUUAUUACGUAAUAAUGAAGCCCAAAAGAUUGCCUUUUCAGCUGGACUUGUGGAAUCGGGACACACCGGGCCUUUUUUUGAUUGGAAAACACUGGUCUUCAAGAGAGUGUUUAGUAACAUUGGAAAUGCCUAUGACUCGAAUACUGGUAUUUUUACAGCACCAGUAAAAGGAGUCUAUAACUUCCGAUUUCAUGCUCAUUCAUGUUCUGCAUUCAACCUGGGAGCCAGUCUAUUUAAAAAUAAUGUAUCUCAAUGCUCUGUGUUUACUCUGCAACCUCAAACCAAUAGUAAUGCCAGCAAUGGAGUCGUUCUUACACUGGAACCUGGUGAUCAAAUUCAUAUCAAAGUCUGGAGAAAUGCUGAGGUUUGUGAUACUGAAAAUAGCUUCACAAGCUUCAGUGGUUUUCUCAUUUUCCCCUUAUGAAUAUAGAGCUUGUGUAGUGAAUUAUUCCUGUUUAAGUCAACCGUAUCAAGAUCGGCUCCUCUGACGACCAACAGUUUAUAUUAGUUGUCUUAAAAUUGCAUGUCUGGAUAAACCAUAAUGCUUCAUUUUGUGGUCUAUUAUCAGCAAAAUAAUUAAUCAAUGCAAAAUAUGAAGAAGAA